UACAUUUAAGCGGUAAUGUGUUGUGAAAUUGGUUUACAUUUCGGAUUUUAAAAUAAAUAGAAGAACUAUGGAUAUUGAGCUACCUUAUAUGGUUGAGUAUUCAAAAACUGGUCGUGCUAAUUGCAAAGGAUGCAAGACACCAAUUCCAAAAGACUCCUUGCGCUUAGCUGUGAUGGUCCAAUCUGCUUUUCAUGACGGAAAACAGCCAAAUUGGUUCCAUAAAAAAUGCUUUUUUAUAAAGCAAAGACCAGGCUCUGUUGGUGACAUUAAAAACUUCGAAAAUAUGCGGUUUGAUGAUCAGAAUGAACUGAAAGCGCUUGUAGGUUCUGUGAAACAGGCAGUGGAAAGCAAGUCUGGAAAUAAACGCUCAAAGUCUGAAAAGGUAGCUCUUCAGGAUUUCGAAAUCGAGUAUGCCAAGUCUGGUAGAGCGGCAUGUCGAGGUUGCGAAUUAAAAGUAUCUAAAGAUGAGAUUCGUGUGGGUAAAACGGUAUAUAACACUGAAGUUGGCAUGAAAUAUGGAGGACAGAAAUUAUGGCAUCAUCUGGAAUGUUUUGUUGAAUUGCGUUGUGAGUUGGGUUGGCUUGAUACAGGUGAAAAUUUACCAGGAUUCAAAAAACUAAGUUCUGAAGAUAAAGAUGUUGUUAAGAAGAGAAUUACCGCUAUAAGGUCAGAAGAACAACCAGAUGCAAAGAAGCCCAAGCUAGAACCUGAAGAGGAGUCAAAAGAAAAAGAAAACUUGGCAAAUUUAAGAAAACAGAAUAACAUUUUUUUUAAAUUUCGUGAUGGAAUUAAAAACAGCAUGAAGAAGUCAGAUAUUGAACGGUUAUUACAAUACAAUCGUCAGGAGUGCAUAACUGGUGAUUCAGAAAAGCUUUUAGAUCAAGCAGCAGACUUACUUGCGUUUGGAGCAAUUGAAGCAUGCCCAGACUGUAAAAGUACACAAUUCAGUUUCACUAAAUCUGGUUACGUUUGUAACGGUAACAUAUCGGAAUGGACCAAAUGCAGCAAGUUGAUGGCACAGCCAAAGCGCAAAGCGUGCAAAAUUCCACGUGACUUUUAUGCUUUAUAUACAUUUUUAAGUUGUGUUAAGAAUAAUCCUGAAACGCGUAUUAUUCAAUAUUUUGCUCCAAGUGCUUCAACUAUAUCAAAGGAUAUUGAUAUUAAAAAAAAUCCAGAUGAUCUUGAUGGGCCGAAAAUUAAACGGAACCGUCCAGCAUUGUAUGAUUUUAAAUUCUGCUUAAUUGGCUUGAAGGAUAUCGAGGCAGAGAUUAAGAAGCGUAUUGAAAAAUUGGGAGGCAAGUGCGAUAGUAAGAUAACCGAAGAGACUAUUGCGGUGAUCUCGACAGAAAAAGAGGUUACAAGAUGCAGCUCUCGCAUGGAAAAAGCAAAAGAGCUGGGCAUACAUAUUGUUCCAGUUAAAUACAUUGAUGCCGUCGAAUCAGAUGCCAAAGGAGCGCUUGGUUUUAUAAACAGUAUGACUCUUUGCGAUUGGGGAACAGAUCCAUCUGUUCGCUUACCAAAAAAUGAAUUAAAGAGUUCAAAAUCUAAGAGUAUUUAUACAAAAUCCAUGCCCAAGUCCAUGACCCUAAAAGUAAAAAAUGGCCUUGCUGUUGAUCCCGACAGUGGUCUUGAGGACAUUGCUCAUGUUUACGCUAAAAGCAAGGACAGAUACAAUGUGGUUCUUGGCCUCACGGACAUACAGCGCAACAAGAAUUCAUAUUAUAAGAUGCAACUAUUGGAAGCUGACAAGAAAAAUAAGUUUUGGGUUUUCCGUUCUUGGGGCCGCAUAGGAACAACUAUUGGGGGCACAAAAAUUGAAGAUUUUCACUCGGUUGUUGAUGCCAUAAACAGUUUUAAUGAUGUAUAUUUAGAAAAAACAGGUAAUUUGUUUGAGAAUAGGGGCAAUUUUGUCAAACAAGCUGGUCGUUUGUACCCCAUCGAUGUUCAGUACGAAGAUGACUCAAAAGUAAAUAGGGCUGACACUCACAAUAUAGAGUCCAAGCUUAAAGCUUCAAUUCAAAGUCUGAUUAAGCUAAUAUUUGAUGUCGAUUCGAUGAAAAAAGCCAUGAUGGAGUUCCAUAUUGAUAUGGAAAAAAUGCCACUCGGAAAGCUGAGCCUAACUCAAAUCCAGUCUGCGUACAAAGUUGUGAAUGAAAUCUACGAGCUUAUUCAGCAAUGUUCCAACAACACUAAAUUUAUUGAUGCUAGCAAUCGUUUCUAUACACUGAUUCCACACUGCUUUGGCAUUCAUGCUCCACCUAUAAUUGAAAGUGUCGAGCAGGUUGAAAAUCUACGGCAAAUGCUCGACUCAUUGUCUGAAAUUGAAGUUGCUUACAAUUUGAUACAAAACGAGGAUAGUACUGAAAAUAUAAAUCAAUUGGACAAGCAUUACGAACAAUUAAAAACGGAGCUAGAUCCGCUGGACAAAAAUAGCGAUGAAUUUGUACUUUUGAAAAAAUACGUCCAGAACACACACGCUGCUACGCACAGCUCGUAUGAGCUUGAAAUUGUUGACAUUUUUAAAGUAGUUCGGCAAGGCGAGGCUCGCCGGUAUAAACCAUUUAAAAAACUACAUAAUCGAAAAUUGCUAUGGCAUGGGUCGCGACUUACAAAUUUUGUGGGUAUAUUGUCGCACGGUUUGAAAAUUGCUCCACCAGAAGCGCCGCCGACUGGAUAUAUGUUUGGCAAGGGCAUUUACUUUGCGGAUAUGGUGUCAAAGUCGGCUAACUACUGCUGCACCAGUCAGCAAAAUUCUACGGGACUUAUGCUGCUGUCUGAAGUUGCUUUGGGUGACAUGAUGGAGUUUACGGCUGCAAAGUAUGUUGAAAAGCUACCAAAGGAUAAGCAUAGUUGCUUUGGUCGUGGUCGCACUAUGCCCGAUCCUAAGGAGUCCUACAUACGAGAGGAUGGAGUUGCAAUUCCCCUCGGAAAGCCAAUUACUGAUGCUAAACUGGCCUCAUCAUUGUUGUACAAUGAGUUUAUCGUCUACGAUAUUGCCCAGGUUAAUGUUCAAUAUUUGUUCCGAUUAGAGUUCAAAUACAAAUAUUAAGAAUAUGUUUAAUGCCCAACAUUAAACCAAUCUAUAAUAAUCUAUAAUUCAUUUACCCGUCGUGUGGGGUUUUUGGUUUCAACUGAAUUUAUUU